CCUCGUGCUAUCGUUCUGAGCGCGCUUUUUCUGUUCGCCUUCAUCAGUCUGCAGGAGUUUUCUGAAAUCGUCUCUUGAGGCGUGUGCUUGAUGACUGGGAUGGGUUUUAAAGCAGCAGCUCUGUGGCUGAUGCUGCAGCAGCUGCUGCUCACUGUCACAGCUGACGGAGUCGUCUAUGAGCUGCUGGUGUCUCCAGACUGCCUGCCAGACUUGCUGCAGGGAAGCCUGAAGAACAAAGGCAGGGACGAGGCCUUCAUCCUCGCGUCCUUCAGGCUCCAGAACAGGGCCCCCACCUCUCUCUUCAGCGUGAUCAACCCCAAAGACAACACCAAGUACUUGGAGCUCAGUGUGCAAGCCAAACUGAGCAAAGUGACGCUUCGUUACCAGAAGACCGACGGCCGUUUUGGGACCACAAGUUUCAACCAUGCCUCCUUGGCAGACGGACGGGAGCACCACGUCAUGCUGCAUGCCAGCGGCCUCCAGCGCGGCCCACCUCGCCUCAACAUCUACGUUGACUGCAGGCUGGCUCACACUCUGAACGACCUGCCGGCCGCGUUUGGGUCACUCCCGCCUGGGCCCAACAAGGUGGCACUGAGGACCCUGCAGUCGAGUGGACAGGAUGAACUGACAGACUUGAAGCUGGUUAUUGAGGACACCAUCGACAAUGUGGCCACCCUGCAGGACUGUAGCAUGGAACCCCCUGAGUCUCUGCACCUACUGGGUUUCCAGGGAGGCAGGGUGGUGCAAGAUCAGACCACCAUGCAGGAGCUGAAGAGCAUGUUGUCUGAGAUGAAGGAGCUGCUCAACAAGCAGAUCAAGGAAACAAACUUUCUGAGGAACACCAUUGCAGAGUGUUUGGCUUGUGGACUCAAUGGUAGUCCCACCAACCCUAUUCCAGCAACAAAUCCGCUGUCGCCUUCCCCUCUGACUCAGUGCCCCCCAGGCACCUGUUUCAAACAAAACAUGUGUAUCCCCUCAGGGUCAGGGGGUUUCCAGUGUGCCCCCUGUCCCGAUGGAUACACAGGAGAUGGGGUUAACUGUGACGAUGUAGAUGAGUGCAGCUUUAAUCCGUGUUUUCCCGGUGUCCGGUGUGUGAACACUGCUCCCGGUUUUCGCUGUGGGAAAUGCCCGCUGGGAUACACGGGGCCGGAGAUAAACGGCGUCGGAGUGUCCUACGCCAAAUCACACAAACAGGUGUGCGAAGACUUAGAUGAAUGUCUGGGGCCGCCAGAGAACGGAGGCUGCACCCCCAACUCACAAUGCUUCAACACUAUUGGCUCCUUCCGGUGUGGAGGGUGCAGGGCCGGCUUCACUGGUGACCAGCUGACCGGCUGUCAUGGCACCAGACUGUGCCCCAACGGUCAGCCAAACCCUUGUGACGUCAAUGGAGAGUGCAUUGUUGAGCGAGAUGGAAGCAUUAGCUGUGUGUGUGGCAUUGGUUGGGCUGGCACCGGUUAUGUAUGUGGGAAAGACACAGAUAUUGACGCGUAUCCAGACGAUAAUCUUCAGUGCAGAAACAACAACUGUAAUAAGGACAACUGUGUGUUUGUGCCUAAUUCUGGCCAAGAGGAUGCCGACAGGGACGGGUCGGGUGACGCCUGUGAUGAUGAUGCGGACAAUGACGGCAUCCUUAACAGACUUGAUAACUGCUGGCUGGUGCCAAAUGUUGACCAGAAGAACAGCGAUGAAGAUGAGCCUGGCGACGCCUGUGACAACUGCAGAACAAUCAAGAAUCCCUCGCAGAGGGACACGGAUCAGGACGGGCUGGGAGAUGAAUGCGAUGACGACAUGGACGGAGACGGCUUGAAGAACUUUCUCGACAACUGCCAGCGAGUCCCCAACCCGGACCAGAGAGACAGGGACAACGACGGUGUAGGGGACGCGUGCGACAGCUGUCCAGAUGUGGCCAACCCCAAUCAGUCGGACUCAGACGACGACCUCGUGGGAGAUUCCUGUGACGACAACAUAGACAGUGACGGCGACGGUCACCAGAACACGAAGGACAACUGUCCCAACGUCAUCAACUCGUCUCAGCUGGACACGGACAAGGAUGGAAUGGGAGACGAAUGUGACGAUGACGACGACAACGACGGCGUACUAGAUGUGGAGGACAACUGCAGACUGGUCCCCAACCCAGACCAGAAAGACUCAGACAUGGACAAAGUUGGAGACGCCUGUGAGGGAGACUUUGACAAGGACAACGUGAUUGAUAUUAUCGACCACUGCCCAGAGAACGCCGAGGUCACCCUCACCGACUUCAGAGCCUACCAGACCGUAGUGCUGGACCCAGAGGGAGAAGCUCAGAUAGACCCCAACUGGGUGGUACUCAACCAGGGUAUGGAGAUAGUGCAGACCGUGAACUCUGAUCCUGGUCUCGCUGUUGGCUAUAAAGCAUUCAGCGGAGUUGACUUUGAGGGAACCUUUCACGUAAACACGGUGACGGACGACGAUUACGCUGGUUUCAUUUUCGGCUACCAGGACUCGUCCUCCUUCUACGUGGUGAUGUGGAAGCAGACAGAGCAGACCUACUGGCAGGCCGCGCCCUUCCGAGCUGUCGCCGAGCCGGGAAUACAGCUGAAGGUGGUCAAGUCUAAGACGGGUCCUGGUGAGUACAUGAGGAACUCCCUGUGGCACACAGGAAACACGACGGACCAAGUGCGUCUUCUGUGGAAGGACCCCAGGAACGUCGGCUGGAAGGACAAGGCUUCCUACCGCUGGUUCCUCCAGCACAGACCACAGGUCGGAUACAUCAGAGCCCGCUUCUAUGAGGGCUCCAAACUGGUGGCGGACACAGGCGUGAUCAUCGACACCAGUAUGAGAGGUGGCCGACUGGGCGUCUUCUGCUUCUCUCAGGAAAACAUCAUCUGGUCCAAUCUGAAGUACCGCUGCAACGACACCAUUCCUGCUGACUAUAAGGAGCUAGAAAGAGUGGACUGAAGGGCCAGAGCAUCAAGGGAGCACAUCACCACAAAGAAGGAAGACGCUGAGCUGUGUGGCUGGAGCAAAAAAGGUCAUAGGUCAGAGGGAACAAAGUGUAGGAACAAAAGAGAUCACUUCAUUUAGAGAAGCUGAACAUUGGGCAUUAUAUCCUUGAUCGGGAGUUUCUUUCAAUGUCUAUGCAAUAAAAUAUUUCCAGUUUAUUACUGCUGCACAAAAAAUAACAGGCUUUCACUGAGCAUUUAACUAAUAAUAAACCUGCAACGCUUUCCAUAAAAAGAUCUGUUUUAAUCUCUGGGUUGAUGAGAACUGCUACUAAAAUGAAAAUUUACUCAUGUCCGAAUUAUGCAUUUAGGCCAAACUACGAAGAUAGGCUCUCACAAGUGUUUGAUCAGCAAAGCACCCCUCAGCCAUGUGCUUUUUUUGCAGCCAUCAACAAGCUUCUGGCAGAAGUCUGACUGGACACUGACCACUCUGAACUCAUUUAAUAUCCAGGAUCUCCUCUCACAGACUUAGAAAUGUAUGGACUAUUAAAGUCUGCAACACUCCAGAAGAUUGUUAGGGCAUCUUCUAGUGUUUCUAACAUCUAGCUGUUGAAUAAUUUUGGGGGAGCCUUACUUACUCAUUAUUUCACCCAACAUGUGAAAAGGACCCUGGUUGCCAAACAGAAAGUAUCGCUUGACAGUCGAUGUGUUUUUAAGUUUGAAAGCCCCACCUAGACAUCUUGAAGGUCGUUAAGGUAAAAUUAUGUAGACUUUUGUCUCAUCGAACCAUAAAACAUGUCUCCUGCUCAGGGUCAACCACACCUCCCCACUAAGAUGAAAAUAAACACGUUAUUCAUAAAAAA